AUGUCCACCGGACCACCUCCCCGUCACGUCUCACCACCGUCCAUUUUUCUCACCACUCUCUUUCUCCUCUCCCUCAUUCCCCUCUCUCACUCAAACGACCUUCAAUCUCUCCUCAACUUCAAAUCCUCCGUCCAAACUCCCAAUCCAAACAUUUUCACUUCAUGGAACCAUUCAAAUUCACCCUGCAACUUCACCGGAAUCACCUGCAACUCCAAAGGCUCCGUCACAGAAAUCAACCUUCCAAUGAACAAUCUCACCGGCACUAUUCCUUUUGACUCAUUAUGCAAACUUCAAUCUCUUGAGAAAAUCUCUUUGGAAUCCAACUUUUUGAACGGAACCAUAACCGAAGAUUUGAAGAAUUGCAUAAACUUGAAGUACUUAGAUUUAGGUGGAAACUCAUUCAACGGAACAGUACCUGAAUUUUCGUCUUUGAACAAGUUAGAGUACCUAAAUCUAAAUCUAAGUGGAGUUUCUGGUAAAUUUCCAUGGAAAUCAUUGGAAAAUCUAAGAACUCUCACUUUCUUAAGCCUUGGUGAUAACUUAUUUGAAAAAGCUUCUUUUCCUUUGGAGAUUCUAAGCCUUGAGAAUUUGUAUUGGCUUUAUCUAACCAAUAUCAGCAUCUUCGGAAAAAUCCCAAUUGGUAUUGGAAAUCUUACACAGCUUCAGCAUUUUGAGAUUUCUGAUAACAAUUUAUCUGGUGAGAUUCCUCAUGAUAUUGGAAAGCUUAAGAAUCUAAGGCUACUUGAGAUAUAUGAUAACAAUUUGAGCGGAAAAAUCCCGUUUGGAUUCGGUAAUCUUACCAAUCUGGUUCAGUUCGAUGCUUCGAAUAAUCGCCUUGAAGGUGAUCUUUCUGAGAUAAAGUCGUUGAGAAAUCUUCAAUCCUUGCAGCUUUUUCAGAACAGAUUCUCCGGAGAGAUUCCACAAGAGCUUGGUGAUUUUAAGUAUCUUACGGAACUUUCUCUUUACGAUAACAAACUCACUGGUUUUCUUCCGCGAAAGCUCGGUUCUUGGAUUGGAAUGGAGUACAUAGAUGUUUCAGACAAUUUACUUUCUGGUCCUAUUCCACCUGAUAUGUGCAAGAACAAUCAAAUUACUGAUAUAGCACUUUUGGAUAACAGUUUCACAGGAAGUAUACCAGAAAACUACGCGAAUUGCACUGCUUUGGUUCGUUUUCGGUUAACAAAGAACUCUCUUUCAGGUGUUGUUCCUAAGGGUAUAUGGGGUUUACCAAAUUUGAAACUUUUUGAUCUUGGUAGGAACCAAUUUGAAGGUUCAAUAGGUUCUGAUAUAGGAAAAGCUAAGUCUCUAGCUCAGCUUUUUUUAUCUGAUAAUCAAUUCUCAGGUGAGUUACCUUUGGAAAUCUCUGAGGCUUCUUCUUUGGUUUCGAUUCAGUUAAGUUCGAAUCGAGUUUCUGGUCACAUACCGGAAACUAUAGGCAAGUUGAAGAAACUAACUAGUCUUACUUUGAAUAACAACAAUCUUUCUGGUAAUUUACCUGAUUCUAUUGGUUCUUGUGUUUCUCUUACUGAAGUAAACCUUGCUGAAAAUUCAAUUUCGGGUGUGAUUCCGACUAGUAUUGGUUCUUUGCCUACUCUUAAUUCGUUGAAUUUGUCCUCGAACGAGUUUUCUGGUGAGAUUCCGUCGAGUUUAUCGUCUCUUAAACUUAGCCUUCUUGAUUUAUCAAACAAUCAAUUUUUUGGUUCUAUACCAGACUCACUUGCCAUUUCAGCUUUCAAAGAUGGUUUCAUGGGAAAUCCUGGUUUAUGUAGCCAGAUUUUGAAGAAUUUUCAGCCAUGUUCAGUGGAAUCUCGCGGCUCGAGACAAGCUCGAAACCUCGUGUUCUUUUUCAUUGCUGGUUUAAUGGUUCUGAUUCUUUCAUUAUCAUAUUUCCUCUUCAUGAGAAUUAAACAGAAGAACAAGUUCGAGAAGCAAGUGCUUAAGACUAAUUCUUGGAAUUUCAAGCAGUACCAUGUGUUAAACAUCAAUGAGAAUGAAAUUAUCGAAGGAAUCAAAGCCGAGAAUGUGAUCGGAAAAGGAGGAUCAGGGAAUGUUUACAAGGUUGAGCUAAAAAGCGGGGAAGUUUUCGCUGUCAAGCACAUAUGGACUUCAAAUCCAAAAAAUGAUUAUAGAAGCAGUUCAGCAAUGCUAAAAAGGAGUUCGUGUUCGCCCGAGUAUGACGCCGAGGUUGCAACUUUGAGUUCUGUAAGGCAUGUGAAUGUGGUGAAGCUGUAUUGUAGUAUCACAAGUGAAGAUAGUAGUUUGCUGGUUUACGAGUUUUUACCGAAUGGGAGUUUGUGGGAUAGGUUGCAUACUUGCAAGAAGACUCAGAUGGGGUGGGAGGUUCGGUACGACAUAGCAUUGGGUUCGGCUAGAGGUUUGGAGUAUUUGCAUCACGGUUGCGAUAGACCUGUUAUGCAUAGGGAUGUUAAAUCGAGUAACAUAUUGCUCGAUGAGGAAUGGAAGCCGAGGAUUGCUGAUUUCGGACUCGCGAAGAUCGUGCAUGGAGGAGCUGGUAAUUGGACUAAUGUCAUUGCGGGAACACUCGGCUACAUGGCUCCUGAAUAUGCUUACACUUGUAAGGUGACGGAGAAGAGUGAUGUUUACAGCUUUGGCGUAGUACUGAUGGAGUUGGUAACAGGGAAGAAGCCGGUGGAGCCGGAGUUCGGAGAGAAUAAGGAUAUUGUAAGUUGGGUAUAUAGCAACAUUAGGAGCAAAGAAAGUGUACUUGAAAUGGUGGAUUAUACGAUUGCAAAGCAUUUCAAAGAAGAUGCUAUUAAGGUGUUGAGAAUCGCGAUUUUGUGCACGGCGAAAGUUCCAUCUUCGAGACCAUCGAUGAGAAUGUUGGUUCAAAUGCUGGAAGAUGCUGAUUCAUCUGCUUCAUCAAAAGUUAUUGUCGCCAUAGUUUAG